AUGGCGACGCUGCAGACGCCAAUCUCACCAAAGUCUUCGUUUUCAGACAUCCCGCCAAUCUCACAGUGUCCUAGCAUAUGGGACGCAAAAGCUGCUAGGUUUACUCCAUGCGCUCUGCCCUAUGUCGCAACUGUACCAGUCAUUAUUGCAGCCCUGGUCUUACUGAGGUACUCCCUAAGAGUAACGAGUGAUUACUGGCCAAGAUGGACAAAACCAUUCAUGCAGGAGAAGAAAGAGAAGCUGGACGAGUUUGAAGCCCCUUCAACCCAACGACCAUGGAGCGCCACGAUUGGACUUUUAAUUACAGCUACCAUCGGUCUUACCUUCCAGACUAUCCAUGUAUUCAUUCCUCACCAUGAGUCAAUGGCUAUACUUCCGGCAAUUGCAUGGGCUAUUGCAGUUGCCAUUAUCAUGGUAGAGCGACCGAGGACAGCUUCUUUGUCGCUUUUGUGGCUCUUCUCUGGACUUUUACUGGAACAGCUGAUCAUGCUAUCUCACCAACAAACAAAAUUUCUAGCAAAAGAUCUUCUAUGGGCCAUUGCGCCCGUGGCAGCAUUAGUUGCAAUCAUCCUGGUGCUCAAUAUGCCGCUGCGAGACCCAAUGCUACCAAAAAAGGAUAUUAGUGCCGCCUUCGAUACCUCGACUGUUCAGCUGCGCACCCCCGAAGAUAACCUAACCCCCUGGCAGUACAUGACUGUAUCAUGGAUGGAGCCAUUGAUUAAAAAAGGCACAACACGCCAAAUGGAAGACGAGGAUAUCUGGGACCUUGGCUGGGAAUUCAAGCAUGCGCGUUUACACGAAGCAUUCAGAGCACUCCCCGGAUCGGUAACCAGGAGGAUUUUUGUAGCAAAUGGCGUAGAUCUGCUGCUCACGACAUUGAUAAACAUAGUACGCUUAGCAGCAACCCUCCUCGCGCCCGUUUUCCUCCAGCGUCUCCUUGCCUCAAUGAACAUUCAUAAUGACCGCGCAACCAUCACAUACGCGUCUAUCAUUCUUGUAUUGCGUUUGUCAUCCGCACAGCUCAAUGUCUUCAACCUGUGGUACCAAAGGCGCGCGUAUGAGAGAUGCAGAGGCGAACUGAUCACGAUGCUCUACGAGAAAACUCUGCACCGCAAGAUCCUGGGUGCCAAACAGCGGGCGACAAAAGAUCAAAUCAAUGGCGAAACUAACGGCCAGACGCAAGAUGCGGAAAACGGAGACACACAUCCUACCGAGGAAACAGCCAAGAAGACUCCACAGUCUCUGAAGGACAGUCUGCUUGACUCUUUUCGAUCAGUAUUCACGAAGAAACCCAAGACUACGGAAGAAGAGUCUGACCCCGCAUCAAUGGGCAAGAUUCUGAACUUGAUGCGCAAUGAUGCAUACGAAAUCGCGCAGCGCUUCUGGGAGUUUUCUGACAUCAUCACUAAGCCUGCUGGUGCGAUAUUUGCAGUCAUACUCAUAUGGCGUAUGCUGGGCUGGGCAUGUCUGCUAGGUGUACUAGCUCUGGGUGCAUCACAGCUCCUGAACAUUGUCAUUGCUCGGUUACAAGUUCACUUUGAGAAAAAGCGACGAGCGGCGACAGACGAGAAGCUUCAACGAACAAGUCAGUUUAUCGAGUCGAUUCGACACUUGCGAUGGUAUGGAUGGCAAAGCGCGUGGCUUGAUGAUAUUCUUGAGUCUCGCCAGAAAGAGUUGCAUUUACGCGUUGUCAACAUCUUCUUCACUACUUCGCUUGCUUUCAUCUUGCGAUUCGGCUCUGGACUCUUCCCGGCUGUGGCCUUUUACGCCUUCACGAAAAUGGCACACCAAGAUUUGCGUAUUGACCUCAUAUUCCCUGCUAUUGACCUGUUCAAUCUGUUGGAAAGCUACCUCCGAUCUCUGCCACAGUUAGUCACGACCUUGCUCAAUGCAUACGUCGCCAUGGGUCGCAUCGAACAGUUCAUGGCUGAACCCAACAAGGAGGAGAUUGGCUUGAUGCCCGAGGGAUCUGCUGAACUUAGCAUGCACCAAGCCUCCUUUGCUUGGCCGGGUAUGGAUCAAAACGUACUCUCUGACAUCACGCUAGCCUUUCCUCCUGGAUUAACAGUGGUUUAUGGAGAAGUUGCCGCAGGAAAAACAGCGCUAUUGCAGGCAUUGCUUGGCGAGCUAGACAUAACGGCCGGUGAACUCGUGCGCCCUGACCAAAUGGUUGCAUAUUGCGCGCAGACCCCUUGGCUGCAGAGCAUGAGUAUCCGAGACAACAUACUAUUCUCGCUUCCCUAUGAAGAGGCGCGUUACAAGCAAACACUGGAAGCGUGUGCGCUGUUGCCUGAUAUGGCAGAGCUGAAGCAUGGCGAUCUAUCAAACAUUGGCGAAAAUGGCAUUGGCCUAUCCGGUGGACAAAAGGCUCGCGUAGCGCUCGCUCGAGCAGUGUACAGCAGCGCAAAAGUCGUGCUUCUCGACGACCCCUUGUCGGCUCUUGAUCACCAGACGGCAGAGUUCAUCGUCGCAAAACUGCUGGCGGGGCCGUUACUGCAAGGUCGAACAACCAUACUCGUGACACAUCGAACGGAGCUUUGUCAUGGUCUUGCGAAGCAGUGGGUUCAGCUAGAACAGGGCCACGCAACGAUCCAUGAGCCCACACAAGCUGAGGAUGCCAACGCCCUGAAGCGGACGCGAACAAGCGAAACUGAGUCUGAGGAAGAUGCAAAGAAACGCGAAGAAGAGCAAAUAGCAGCCAUUCCAGACAAGUUCAUCGAGGACGAGCAUCGUGAGAAGGGCGGAGUCAAGUGGAGCGUGUACUGGCGGUACAUCAAAGCAGGAACACUGCGGUGGUGGUCUAUGGCGAUCUUUGUCAUGGCCGCUUUCCGUGUCCUCGACGUCGCUCAAACCUGGUUCAUGAAGUCUUGGGGCGAAAGCUACGAUAACGUAGAACACAACGGACUCUUCGGUUUCUUGCCACCGGCAACCGAGAAUGUCGACCCGUGGCUCUGGACAUUCUUCCUCUUCGUGUCUGGAACCGCCAUACUAUUUUGGUGGACGCACCUGAUCAUGUUCGGAACUGGUUACCACGCGGCAAAAACUAUCUUCAAGAACACGAUAGAGCGCGUUGCUAGUGCGACAUUCCGAUUUUACGACGUCACGCCAGUGGGAAGACUGAUGAACCGAUUGACAAGCGACAUGAAUACGAUUGACGGAGAUCUGAGCAGCGCUUUUAUCAUAUUUGCCUGGCAGAUUAUUGGCUGGAUAAGCUGUAUUAUCAUCUUCCUGUCGUCUACGCCGGGAUUCAUAGCGUUUGGUGUAGUACUCUGCUGCGGAUUUGUGUAUUACUUUUUCCGCUUCCUGCCCACAUCACAAACUCUGAGGCGUCUUGAGAUGGUUUCGCUUUCUCCUUUGAUGAGCAAUUUCGGUGCUCUUGUCGAAGGACUAACGACGGUGCGAGCGUUCAAGGCACAACAGCGUUUCCAGGCUCGCGUCAUUGAGGUCGUAGACAACUUCCAGAAGAACGAUCAUUUCUACUGGUCUUUGCAAGCGUGGCUAGCCCUGCGCUUUAGCAUCAUGUCGGGCAGCUCGGCGCUCAUCAUGACGCUCAUUGCUGUAUACACGGGCAUCAGCCCUGGACUCACGGCCUUUGUGCUCAUUACAGCAGGCAAGUUCGUCCUUCACACGGAAUGGAUAUGCAGGAUCUACGGAACCCUGGAAAUGGACUUUACCAGUGUCGAGCGCGUGGUCGAGCUCUUGGACGUGGAGACGGAAGCGCCUGGUGUUGUGGAGCCGCCUGCACACUGGCCCACGUACAGCGGUGAUAUCGAGUUUGACGAUGUGACGAUUCGCUAUGCAGAGAACCUUGAGCCAGCACUGCAAAACAUCACACUCAAGAUUCCAGCAGGGUCAAACACGGCCGUCAUUGGGCGCACAGGCUCAGGGAAAUCAACGCUGGCUCUCAGUCUCCUCGCUACAAUUGCUGCUGAGAAUGGCAGGAUCCUCAUAGACGGCAUCGACAUUUCGACGGUCAAGAAGCAGGCCCUCCGCAGCCGCGUCACGUUUCUCGCGCAAGAACCAGUUCUUUUCCCCGGGACCAUGCGCAAGAACCUUGACCCCUUGUCAGAGUACUCCGACGCCGCUUGUCUCGCAGUGCUACAGAAGAUUGGAGGGGAGCAGUACUCAUGGAGCCUGUCGACUAUGAUUGAGGGAGGCGGCAAAGGGCUUUCCCAGGGUCAGCGGCAGCUGGUAGGGCUAGCAAGGGCUAUGCUGAGGAGGUCUCCGAUUCUGAUCAUGGACGAGGCUACAGCCAGCAUUGACUUUGAGACUGCGCAGCGGAUCCAGAGCGUCCUGAGGGAAGAGAUGAGCAGCAGCACCGUGAUCACGAUUGCACACCGGCUCGAGGCGGUCAAGGCGGCGGAUUACUGUGUGGUGCUUGGCAAGGGCAGGCUGGUCAAGGCUGGCAGAGCCGAGGAUAUGCUGAGGGAGGGAAGUGAGUUCCAGGCGAUGCUCGCAUAGACGGUUG